CAUUCUUACGAGCUGUGCUGAAGUGUUCAGCAAAAUGGUCUUCCAAUCUGUGUGUUUGCUCGGUCCAACGUACAGGAGACUCCAAAUUGUGCUGUGUGUAAUUUUACUUUGUGAUGUUAAUUCUUCAACGAUUCUUUCUGGAGCAGAUAAGGAAAGUACAGGAGGAAGCGGCAACAUUGACUAUGAAGGGCUCUGGUUGAAGAUGGCGAGGCAGAAGAAAGAGGAGGCAAAAAGAACAUACGAAGCAGAAAUGGAAGAUUACUUUCGUGCAUGUGACAUGAAUUCUGAUGGUUUCAUCAAUCGUGAUGAGCUGCAGUAUAUCAUCGAUGGUUCUGGGAAGCCUUAUACAGAGGAGGAAAUUCAUGAAUUCAUGAGACAAUCAGACAAAAACAAUGAUGGCAAACUUGAUGUUGAUGAAUGGGUGAUGGUGAUGGAGAACGUCCAGUAAAUAACCAACAUCCCUCAGGAACCCAUUGUGAUCCAACAAUAUAAUGAGCUGUGUGCUGUUGCCCUUCUCAAGCCAACUGAUCAGGCAUCUGAAAUACACAUGAUGAGUGCAAAUAAUUCAAAAUCUGUUUGACAGGACUGAAGCUACAUUUAUAGCUGAGAGCUUCAUAGCUGCUACAGUUUUCUCUUUGUGAGGAAGAAGCCAUCUCUCCUGAAACACUUAGUCAUUUUUCCACCAGCACGGAACGCU